UCACGAAGAGGGAAGGUUGAAUGUGGAACAAAUCUUUCGUGUUUUUUUCGAUAAUAAGCCGCGGAUGAGAUGUCAGGGGAGGGAAAUAACACAAGAAAGAAAAUCAGAGCUAAAGAUGUCUUUGAAGCCUUCUACUUAAAGUAUCAUCGGGAUGACCUUUUGAACAUACUCGAGAGCGAAGAUGAGGACGAACACUAUCCAUUAACUAUCAAUUUCUUAACCUUAUUUGAAGAACAUGUUGAGGUGGCAGAGUCUCUCCUUGCGUCCCCAAUCAAACUUCUUCCAGUAUUAAAUGCAGCAUUAGUUGCGGCUUCUUCCAAGCUUCUUAGUGAAUUGGGAAGUGAGAAGAAUGACCUCACAUUGAAGACGAAAGUCCAUGCUAGAAUAACAGGCUUACCAACAUGCCCAGAACUGUUCCGUCAUGCCAUCCCACGUACCUCUGACAUUGGGCGCCUCCUCUGUGUGGCAGGAACUGUUGUGCGUACAACAGCGGCAAAGAUGCUAGAGUACCAGAAGGAGUUUAUAUGCGCCAAGUGCAAGCAUGUGUUUACUGUGAAGGCUGACCAUGACCAAUACUAUCAGCUCAACAAGCCCGGAAGAUGUCCUAAUCCAGACAACUGUUACUCCAACACUUUCAGCAUGCUGGGUGAAACAACACACCCCGUUCACACCAAGGACUUUCAGGAGAUCAAGAUUCAGGAACAAGUGCAAAAGCUUGUGGUCGGAACAAUCCCUAGAUCAUUAUGGGUGACCCUUGAGGAUGAGCUUGUGGACACGUGCAAGCCAGGCGAUGACGUCCUCAUCUGGUAG